AUAUCGCUACGACGGGAUCCGCUAUAACACGGAACGUUACAAUGCGGAGUGCGAGCGACUUCUAGGGCGAGGGUCGCGGGGCGACAUGGGUCACGGUGGGGCCACGGACCGGGCACAACGAAUGGCCGAGAACGGCGAGGCGCUCAAGUAUAUCGAGUUGGUGCUUCGGCAGUUGCAAAGGGCCAGCAGAGAUCAUCAGGAACUUGUACGGCAACGUCACACGGACUUCCAACACGAGAUUAGUAAGCGGAUCAACGAGAGAGUCUGGCAUCAUCGAGAUGGACGCGAAGAUUCGAUAGACGCGUCCAGAACUUGGUCCAGGUCCUCGGGUAGCCCGUGGGAAUCGGACGUGACUUUGCGGAAAACGCGACCGGACGUUACGACGAGACUGCUGACGAAAAGAAGAGAUUACGGAGGAACGGCGCAGAAUACAGUCGAUAUUCUGAGACCAGGUCCCUCCGGACGCGUUCAGGAUGAAAUAGCCGCGACCACUUAUCAAGAGAUGAAAUACGUUCCUGAUAAUGUUGAUUGGAAAGGCGCGCAGGAAACGUUCGGUGCGUGGAGUCUGCCUGAAACUUCGUCGAACAACGAUAGAAAGACAUCUUUCACCGUCGUUUAGCGUAGAGAAGAAGGCGGAAAAUUAAAAGAAUUGAGAUAAAACGGAGGCUCUCUCGCGAAAACUGGGAAGGUAAAUGCAUCAAUGAGCGAUUGCUCGUGUUAAUGAUACGCUUGCGCUAGGAUUACAUUUAAAAUCAAAUUAUCUCGUUGCGGUGGUGAACGUAACACACGCUGAAGAGACAUAGCCGGUGCAGAAGGGACGCCGAUAUCGAAGGGAACGGACGUACUCUUUUUUUUUUUGGGUCAAUAAGAUUAGAUUUAGGAAGAAGAACGCCGUGAGAGAGCAAUGUACUCUCAGACGGGAUUCCCGAGUACGAGGGGUGGCGAUGUUGGUUGGGUUCGUGGAUCGAAGGUACUCUCUUCGGUCGGUGGCGAAAACAGACCACUCGGUAUCGACAAUCUUCUAUUGACAUACUUUAGAUCUUCUAUAUAAUAAGCGUUUAAUAAGACUCGCUCGAGCGGAAAAUGACGAGAGAGAGAACAAGAGAGACGAAAAGUCCGAACGAAUCACGUCGCGAAUUGUUGUCGCAGUGGUAGCCGAAUACCGAAAAGUACGAGACACGCGGUUAUUUUCAUGAAAUGUCGAGGAUGAUUUCUAAGGCUGAAAGCUUUAUCGUGUUGAUUUUCCUGCAAGAAACGCAAAUUCAAUCCGGGUUUACAUUUGACAUUCACAGCGUGACAAUUCUCUCAUCAGAAAUGAGAUAAUAGCAGCCUUUUUCUCAUAGCGAUCGUUUUACUAGAUGAUCUUAACACAAUUGUUAGGACACAAUAUAUUAUUUAAACUUUUUAAAUAUACUUUGCAAAAUUUGAAUACAAAAUUAGAAAGUUUUUCUUUUUAUUAAGACUUGUUGCAAAUUUUAUUUUGGAUUCUUUUAUCGUAAUGUCCAAGAUUUUUUGACGUUCAUAUUACACACGUCAUAAACAUCAAAAGUUUUAUUGUAGAUUUCCGUCCUAUAGAAUGCUUUCUUUUUAAUUACCACUAUAGCGAAAAUUUUAUAUAUUAGUGGGUUUGUUUUAUCACAGAAAGAUAUUAAUCCCAUUCAAAUAUACUUUUCCAUUUGCAAAGUGGCUAGAAUGGAAUCCGAAUCUACCGAUUUUGAGGUAACCGCUCUACCCAUCGAGCACCUCACCAUGAACAUAAUAACGAAUGUCAGGCGUAAACCCAUCCCUGAUAUAACGAAAACGUUUCGGCUGCCACUUCGAUGUUUACUGUGUCGCGCUGCCUUUUUGUAU